AUGCAAGAACAAGGACCCAUCAAUAUUCUCGCACUUGGAGCUUCCAUAACUGCCGGCUAUUACAACAAUGGACUCGAAUACCAUCCCUACUCAAUCAAACUCUCUUCCUUGCUCUCAAAUUUCAACAACAAGCAAGCUCUCUAUCAUGUGGAACCUUUCGGAGUGAAUGGCGAACGAACUGAUCAAAUGAAACUUCGCCUCGGCCAAAUUCUCAACUAUUAUUUACCGGGAACCUAUCAAGGUAUCAUUAUUAUUGGAGGAACCAAUGAUUUACCUGCUUGUACUUCAGAUGUGACAAUUGGAAAUUUGAUUUCCAUGUAUGAACAGGGUUUAAUGAAUGAUCAUUUCAAAUUCGUGGUGGCUUGCUCGAUUCCUUCAAGUGCUCUCGAUCUGAAAUCACAAACAGAGAACUCUGUAUUGAUGAAAGAAUAUUCGAAAAAGAAAUCAGAGGUCAAUUAUGCCAUUAGAGAAUAUGUAGAAAAAUCAAGAAAUUCAAAAUUGAUUUUUGUAGAUUUAAUGGAGGAAUUGAACUAUUGCAAAUGUACUGACGAGGAGAGGAAUAGAUAUUGGGACGAUCCAUUACAUUUCACACCUGAAGGCUAUGAUAGAAUUGCAGAUAUUCUAUUUGAAAAACUAAAGAAUUUCUUGUAA